AUGUACGGGGCCAUCCGGGCAAAGCGUGGGGAAAAGUCAUCCACUAUCUCAGAGGUCGUCAAUUAUGUCACCUGCUUCGUCAAUGUUCAUGGGGCUUUUCUCCUCUGCUUCGACCACGAUGGUGUACUCGCACCCGCCAAUCUCAAGUGUUACACCGAGGCCAUCUAUCGUGCAGGUGCACUUCUAAGCAGUACUUGGUACCAGCGCCAAGCCUACAACGGCUACAAGAAAUACCACACCCUCAAAUUCCAGGCUGUGAUGCUCUCCAACGGCAUGUUUGGACACCUUCAUGGGCCACUCAAUGACAGUAGGCUGAUCAAUUUGCUCCAGGAGCAUGCUAAUGAGGCGAUGUUUGCUGUACAUACAAAUGUGGAAAAUGGGCUUGCGUUGGUGGUCAAGGAGUGGCCGUUCCUUUACUUGUGGUGGAAGAUGUCUCUCUACUCAUCCCCUGUGGGUGUUUACUACUGCUUUGGUGUCCUCUUGAUGAAUGCACGGAACUGUAUGCAAUACAACCAAAUAGCUAUCACCUUUGACUGUGUCAAAAACUAUAGAUCACCAUCUUUAGCAGAGUAUUCUCAUGCACUGCAGCUACCUCUGUGA